AUGGCAAUUUUCCAUUAUUUAGAUUUAUCUUUUCCUCCUACAGCUUAUUUUGGCAAAUGUCUGAGCCCCCUGGUGCCUUGCUUUAAGGAGGCCAUCUAUACCAUGCCUAUGGAGAUGAGGGGGGGGUUCCUCUGCUGCGUGCUGAGAGAUUGCACUAAGGACCUGACCUGGCUCCCAGCCAUCAUGAACAUGAGCGGAGAGGUUUCUCUUCUGGUGACCAACGUCUUCCCGAAUUCACCCUACUUCUGGGCAGUUCUCGUGCAAGAGGACGUUUAUGCCAGUAUGACAAACUUAUUUAUUGCCUUAUCGAAGGUGGUGGACCAUCUGCCUUGCCUCUCAAAAAGAGAGGUUCACAGGGGCUUGAGAUGCCUAGCACAGUGUAUGCUUUUGUACGGAGAAGAUAUGACCUGGAACAGGUGCUGGGUGGUCGAUGUCGUAGGUAAUCAUGCUAUAGUCUUCAUGCUGGACUACGGCAUCACUGCCACCGUCCCCAUUCAGUGCCUGCGUCCGCUGGAUAGCGACACUUUCUGGAUGACCCCUCCGCUGGCUCAGCCGUUCUUUUCACGGGACGGCUUCAAAUGCAUUGACUUUCCGGGGACGUUCGUUGACGGAGAAAUCAGCGGAUCUUGCCUGAAUGAGCGUCACGUCCUGAUGUUCACUAAACAUGCCCACAAGGAAUAACCGUGGAAGCCCCCAUGUCCAGGACACUGGAUGAGUUUAUUUACAUUUUCUUGUUUUUUCUUCAUGUUUCUGUUUUCAGGCGGUUCAUUUCUUUCUGUUUUCUCGUAAAUGACUGUGAUUGUGGGAUCUGAUUGUGGUAUCUGAGAUUUGUUAAGUUGUGUUAAGAAAUGUUUGUGUUUAUAGUUGUUCACGUUUUUUUCGUAUAGGUGUUGCUAUUAAUGAUUAAGCAAACCUUUCGAAAGAUAUAUAGCGCAAGCUAGAGGGUGCUGGUUUGCGCAGGAACGUGAACGCAUCUCUUUGAACGUGAAUAUUGUAUGGUUUCCGUUGUUGAAAUUAAAGUGUUGAUGUGCGGUGUGUCGCA